AUGUACACAAAUAUAGACCAACUACCAAACAAGAGGGAUGAUCUCAUGUUAGCCAUAACAACAGAAGAGCCUGAUGUGAUCAUACUUACGGAAGCAAUCCCUAAGGCUCAGAGACUACCUCUUGGGGCAGCCAGAAUCACCAUCCCAGGAUUUACAGCGCACACGAACUUCAACCCUGACCAGGAAAACCUUGGGGCACUGGGUAAACGAGGGAUAGUGAUCUACACAGCAGACCACAUUGACGCGACAGAAGUCUCCUACAAUGAUAUUGAGUUCCAGGAACAUUUGUGGGUACAAGUACGUUUGCAUAGGCAAGAUAAGCUGAUUAUAGGAGGCAUCUACCGAAGCCCAUCCUCUGACCUAAGGUUGUCAACCGAACACUUGGCAAACCUUCUACAAGUAGUUGUGGGGACCAGACCUACACACCUCUUGAUAGCUGGAGAUUUCAACUACCCUGAAAUUGACUGGAAGCAAACAGCCUCAUGUGCAAACGACGCUCACCCUUCACACCCAUUCCUCCGCUGCGUGCACGAGAACCUCCUGUACCAGCAUGUCUUCAAGCCAACUAGAUACAGACCUGGAGAGUUAUCGAACAUCCUCGAUCUUGUCUUAACCAAUGAAGACGGAAUGGUGGAAAAUAUUGAAUACUUACCAGGCAUUGGACAGAGUGAUCAUAUCCGGCUGCAGUUCAAAGUCAAGGUUUAUGCUGAGAGAAAUGGCAACACAAAACCUAGGCCCAAUCUAUACCGAGGUGACUAUGCCAGCAUGGCCGCAGACUUGUCCGGUAUUAAUUGGGACACCAGGCUGAAAAACAAGUCCUUCGACGAGGCGUACAGUGACUUCAUUGAUGUUCUGCAAGCCAGUAUUGACUCACACGUUCCCCUGUCGAAUGAGAAGACAUCCAAGAAGAACUUGUAUACGACCCAAGAAGUUAAGAGACUCAGUAAGAAGAAGCGGGCAAAUUGGGACCAUUACACUAUCACUGGCGAUGAGGUGGAUUAUGCCUGGUAUACCGCUACUCGAAAUGACCUCAGAAAGCUCAGGAGACUCCGAUAUGAGUUUGAGUCCAACCUUGCUCGGGACAUAAAGCAGAACCCAAAGUCAUUUUGGAAAUACGUUAACUCUCGGCUAAAGACGAAAACUACAAUCGGAGACCUGAAGAUGGCGGACGGCACCAUGACGAGUAGCAAGAAAGAGAAAGCAGACACCUUGAACCAGUACUUCUGUAGUGUGUUCACUGAGGAAGAUACAGAACACAUGCCUGAAAUGGAAACCAAGUACUUUGGACCCCCGCUGGAAGACAUCCUGAUUACGCCUAGAAAUUAUACUUAG